CUGGGCAUCCACUCAGCGCAGGCGCAAACAUCCCCAAGACAGCCAAGCAUUCGCGUGGCAUUGGCGUGCGCUCCCCGCGAGUGCUGUUGCCCAGAAAGUGUUUGCCGUUCGUUUGGGCCUCCGCUGCCUGCAGGCGCGACAUGGCAUCAAGCCAAGCUGCGGGACCCCAGAUCUGGAUGCGACUGCGUUUCCUGGCCCUCACUUCAUAACUGCGCGACUCCCAGCUCAGACAACCCGCGAGCUCCCUCUCCGGCCAACUUCGCGGCAGCCCCUCAGCAUCGAUUCGACCGCCCGCAUCAACCCCCGCGCCAAGGCGUACGUUCGACGAGCACAGCAGUGCCAGUCGCCUGUGAGGACGCACGUUUCACGCAAGGAUUGCGCAAGCGGACCGCUCUGGCAUUGUAUUCGCCUGCGGUUGGGCUCACCAGACGCCCUGGUGCCCACAGAGUCGUCUUCAUACCAGGAUGAGCGUCUCUCCCACGGCACGCGCUUCACCGCCCCGCCAAACAGUGAGCCCGCUGCUGUUGCCAGCGGUCGGAGCAGACACCGAGGACCCGACACGUCGCCCGUCCAUACAGUUUCUGCCGCACUCUAAUGCUGCGCUCCCGACAGGAAGUCCAAAGCGAACCCGCGGCAAGCGCAGGAUCUCCUCUCCUCCCCCACCUCCCGUAUUCCAACCGCGCGUGUCCUUCGAUACCUUCGACAAGCCGGCCGACUUCAUCGAGGAGAACUCGUUCACACUGAUAGCGAAGCAUAAAGACUACGAGUACACGAAGCGCUCGCGAACGUUCCUCUGCGGCGUCGAUAACAACGAUUACUCGGACUAUGCAUUGCAAUGGCUGAUUGACGAGCUUGUGGACGACGGCGACGAGAUCGUCUGCCUGAGGGUCGUUGACAAGGAUGAUACCAUGGCUGGGGAUAGGAGCGUGGAAAAGGGACACUACCGCUCAGAGGCAGACGAUCUGAUGAAGGCUAUACAACAAAAGAACCAUGAGAACAAGGCGAUCAACUUGAUCUUGGAAUUCGCGGUUGGAAAGGUCAACAAAGUGAUUGACGAAAUGAUCAAUCUGUACGAACCUGCAAUCCUGGUCGUCGGAACUAGGGGCAGAAGUCUGGGCGGCUUUCAAGGCUUGCUUCCAGGAUCGGUAUCAAAGUACUGCUUGCAACAUUCGCCCGUCCCCGUCAUCGUUGUCCGCCCGUCAUCCAAGCGUGACAAAGCAAGGUCAAAACGUGCUUUGGAUCCCAAUCGGCACGCGUAUAAGGACCUUUUGCAGAAGAGUGGCCACAUCCUGAACACUGGUAGUCGCGAGUUCAUUGCAGAAGAAUCUCAGCCCGCCUCUGACGAUGAAGCUGCAGCGGUCGCAGCCGCAAUUGGCUACAAGCCUUCAGCCGGCGCCAGUCCGCUAGCAACUGCCCAGACGACUCCAGCAGAAGCAGAAACCGAGACUGUUGCUAGCAGCAAUGCAGCUUUGACCACCACCCUGGACGACCUACGAAGCCCUGGCGUUGUCAUGAAAAGCCCGGAGUUGGGCAAUCUUGAUAGCCCCGAUAUAAGCGAUUCAAGCAGCAGUGAUGAGGAAGGAGGCGUGCCGACUGGUGCGGAGACGGCAGAGUCGGGCGCGGCUGAUGCGAAGGGUACAGAACCAGGCGCGGCUACUGCGGAACCCACCAUCCAGGCUGAAGCGGAACCCAAGGAAACAGAGUCGCUGCCAAGCAUAGGAAAGAGCCCGGAAGCAACGUAGCAUCGGUGAGCGUUCUCGUCACCUAUCAUAACGGGUCACGAGGAUCACACCAUCCCUAACGCGCGCUCCAUCCGGACACGAAUGCUCAUUAUAGCGACCUAGUUCAGGUCAGGAGAGUAAUAUUAUUCGACCGAUUCCUCCUAGAGGUCGGUCAUGGGACCACUCCAAAUGUGAGGAUUGGAUCUCUCAGGAUCCUGCGGCGUAGUACGAAGAAUCGACGGCUGAAUUGGGACACACUGGAUAGCUAGAAUACCUUAGGUAGCAACCGCAUGACUUAGUCGAUAUCGAUUGACAUACCCUCA